AUGCUGUCAAGAGCUGCUAAACUCCAGAAGCUCAAGGAGCUAAGGGAGGCAAGGAAAACAGGAAGAACAAUAACAACUUAUUCCGAUGAUGAUGACCAUGAUGGAGCAAUUUACGAUGAAGUUGAUGAAGAAACUUAUCGUCAACACAAACGUGACCAACUCAUGAAUGAUGAUUUUGUUGUUGAUGAUGGUGGUGAAGGGUAUGUUGACAAUGGUGCUGAUGAAUGGGAUGAUGCUUCCAGACCAAACUAUUACUCCGACGAAGAAGAUCAAGGACCAACCAAGAAGAGAAAGAAACAGAAAGUUGUCAAAGUUUCGAAACUGGCCCAGAUCAACAACUAUUUUAAGCCAACCACCAGAGUAAAUGCUACCACAAAGAUAGACACCAAUAUCGAUGAUAUUCUUGACGAUUUUCAGGAAGUUACCAGUAAGAAGAAAAAGUUUACUACUCCAUUUCUGACUAUCAAGAAAGGUUCACCAAAGGUAAAAUCCACUGCAUCGCCAUUUGAUUUCUCAACUACUGGAUCAAGAAGAAAACGUCAGAUUGUAGAAGAAUUCAAUGCUUCGUCAGAUUAUACUGUAGAUGAGCCAGAACCAGAGCCAGAGCAACAACCAUCUUCUCCAAUUAAGAUGGUAAAACUGGAAACCCCAGAAACUAUAACGAAACCAAUCUUGGAAGAAGUUAAACUGGAAGAUAUAACCAUGGAGGAUGAUGACGAUGAUUCGGAAGAUGAUGUGGUUUAUAGUAAGCGUCCAAGGGCUUCAGCUACACACAAACAUACCAUCAAGACCGUAUCUUCUGUCAAAGCCGAUGAAUUCACUUCGUCCCCAACUACAUUGUUUGCAAACCAUACUGACAAAUUAGAUGAAUCUAUAAUCAUGGACACUGAAUCCACCGAUUCAUUCAAGAUGUUCUGGUUGGAUUAUUGUGAAGUUGACAAUACCUUGCUCUUAUUCGGGAAGAUCUUAACAAAGGAUGGCAAGUUAGCUUCAGGUGUGGUUCAAGUAAACGGGCUUUGUCGUGAAUUAUACUUUUUACCACGUAAAUACAGAAUGGAAAACGGUGAAGAAAACGAAGACGAACCAGUUGGUCCCCUUGACGUUCUUGAUGAAUUGACUCCAAUCUUAUUAGAACAAUAUAAUUUACAAGAAUUGAAAGCAAAGCCUGAAACUAUGAAGUAUGCUUUUGAAUUAGCUGAAAUUCCCAAGGAAACAGAAUAUUUGAAAGUCUUGCUUCCAUUUAAAACUCCCAAGAAUCAGCAUAUGAUCAUGCCAGCAAACAUUGAAGGUGAAACAUUCAAUCAUGUCUUUGGAACCAAUCAAAACAUCUUCGAGGCAUUUGUUACUCAGCGUAACGUUAUGGGUCCAUGUUGGUUGACUAUUGAAGGUGGUGAUUUCCAUUCUAUUCAAAACACGUCUCAUUGUCAAGUUGAAGUUGCAGUUGAUUCACCAUCCCAGAUUUCCGUGAUAUCUGGUGUUAAUACUCCACAGCCACCUAAUUUGACCAUUACUUCGAUUUCAGUGCAAACUAUGAUGAAUCCCAAAGAAAACAAACAAGAAAUCGUCAGUGUUUCAUUAGCAACUUAUUAUGAAGUUCCUCAAGAUGCACCAAUUGAUGAAAAUUUACAACCAAAUGAUAUAAUUACAUUGGUCCGUCCAGUUCAAUCAAGUUUGGUUCCUGUCGGUUUACAACAACUUGCCAACAAGACAGGCUUAAAAUUAAGAAUAUGUCCCAAUGAAAAAGUUCUUCUUAAUUGUCUUGCAGCCAUGGUUAAAAGUCACGAUCCAGACGUGUUUAUCGGUCAUCGUUUAGAAAAUAUCUCCCUUGAUGUGUUAGUACACAGAAUGCAUGCCCACAAUGUUACAACCUGGUCGGCAUUCGGAAGAAGAAACAGAAAGAGAUGGCCACAUAGUAUCAAUAAGUCAGGGUCAGGAUUUUCAAACAAUUUGUUAAUCAGAGAGAUUUUCGCCGGGAGAUUGCUUUGUGAUAUUGCCAAUGAAAUGGGUCAGUCGUUGACUAUGAAAUGUCAAUCUUGGGAUUUGCAUGAAAUGUUCCAAGUUGUAUUGGGAAAGACGCACGCUCCCUUAGAAAUUAACUUUAUGCAACCAGGUUAUAGUGAAGAUUCCCAUAUGUUGUUGAUGGCAUUGAAGGAAAAUGAAUUCAAUGUGAAGGUCACGGCAGAAAUCGCUUUUGCUAUUCAAAUCUUAUCCUUGUCUAAGCAAUUGACGAAUAUUGCUGGUAAUGCAUGGAGCCAUACCUUGAGUGGUACAAGAGCUGGUAGAAACGAGUAUAUUUUGGUUCAUGAAUUCAAGAGAAAUAAUUAUAUCGUUCCUGACAAACAAGAUCAAACCCACAAGAACACUUCAUACAACCAAGAAGCCAGAUUGGAGAAUAUUGAUGAUGAUGCAACAACAGCUACUUCCAACAAGAAGCCAAAGUAUCAAGGUGGGUUAGUGUUUGAACCAGAAAAGGGAUUGCACAAGAACUAUAUUUUGGUUAUGGAUUUCAACUCCUUGUAUCCUAGUAUUAUCCAAGAAUUCAAUAUUUGUUUCACUACCGUGGACAGAGACAGGUUUAAUGUAUCCCAUGACGAAGAUCGUGAUUUGCCAGUACUUCCUGAACGUGAAUCUGAACCUGGUGUCUUACCAAGAUUACUUAACACUUUAGUGUCUCGUCGUCGUGAAGUCAAGAAAUUGUUGAAGGACCCAAAGAAUACUCCUUUCCAAAGAGCUCAAUAUGAUAUUAAACAACAAGCUUUGAAAUUGACUGCUAACUCCAUGUAUGGUUGUUUAGGUUAUGUAAAUUCCAGGUUCUAUGCUAAGCCAUUGGCUAUGUUGGUUACUAAUAAAGGUAGAGAAAUCUUGAUGGAUACCAGACAAUUGGCCGAGUCUUCAGGAUUAAGAGUUGUUUAUGGUGAUACCGAUUCGGUCAUGAUUGACACUGGUGCUGAUAAUUUCCAACAUGCUCUUAAAGUUGGUGAAGAAUUCAAGAUUCAAGUUAAUGAAAGAUACAGAUUAUUGGAAAUUGAUAUUGAUAAUGUGUUCAAGCGAUUGUUGUUGCAUGCCAAGAAGAAGUAUGCCGCCAUGAAUGUUUCUAUUAAAAAUGGCGUUGAAAGUACCUCUCUUGAAGUUAAAGGGUUAGAUAUGAGACGUCGUGAGUAUUGUCAACUUUCCAAGGAUAUUUCUACUUUUGUAUUGAUGAAGAUUCUUUCUAAUAUGGAUCCUGAACAAGCACUUUCUGAAAUCUACGAUUAUUUGGAAGAUCAAAAGAAUAAGAUCAUAUCUAAUGAGAUACUCAUGGAUAAAUUCAAGAUCAACACUAGACUUUCCAAAGAUCCAGCCAAUUACCCUAAUGGGAAAUCCAUGCCUCAAGUUCAAGUAGCAUUAAGAUUAAGAAAGCAAGGUAAAGUUAUUAAAGCAGGUAAUGUGGUGACUUAUGUUAUCACUUCUCCUGCAGAUGACAGUGAUAAGUCUACUGCAAGUGAACGUGCAAGAUCUAUCCAAGAAGUGAUCACCAACAAGGACAAAUACAAGCCUGAUGCAAUGUACUACUUGGAAAAACAAAUCUUCGCUCCAGUUGAAAGAUUAUUGGAGAGAAUUGAAGGGGUGGAUAUGAUGAGGGUUGCCACCAGUUUAGGCAUUGACACCAAGAAAUAUAUUCUUCGAGUAAGAAACAGCGAUGGUCCAAAUGGAGAAAUUGCGCCUUUAGAAUCCAAUAUUUCCGACAGCGAACGUUUCAGACAAAGUAGUUACUUGGUUCUCAAGUGUAAAUGUGGACACUCAUUCCGUUUUGGUGGUAUUGUUGCUUCCAAGGACUAUAAGGUCAGCUUCAAUGGUGUUACAUGUCUUAAAUGUGACCACACUUUCUCAGUGUUGAAACUCACAGCGCAAUUGGAACAGGCUAUAAGACACCACAUUGCUCUUUACUAUAGCGGUUGGUUGAUUUGUGAUGAUCCUGCAUGUGGUAUCAUGACGAGACAAAUAUCGGUAUAUGGAAGAAGAUGUAUCGGUAGUAGUGGUAAAGCCAUGGAUUGUAAAGGUGUUAUGAGAUAUAGAUACAGUGAUAAGGCAUUGUAUAAUCAAUUGUUGUAUUUUGAUUCUAUUUUCAAUAUUGACAAGGCAAAGAAGAAUCAAUUAAGGCCUAUUGAAGAAGAAGAAGAAGAUAAUGAUAAUGGCGAGAAGAAACAAGCUCCAUUGGCGCAGGGACAAGUGAAUGCUUUGGCGGAACAAAAUAGUGAGAUGUUUGGUUAUUGUCAAGCUGUGGUUCAGAAAUAUUUAGCUGAAUGUGGUCGUAGAUAUGUUAACAUGGGAUCAAUCUUUGAGUUUAUGGCUCGAUAG